AUGAAUUCCUCAAAGUUAUCAAAAAGAAACCAAUAUGUACAACGCAAAUUCGACAUAUCUGAUAGUUUUGACCAUGUCUAUUAUAGACCAUCAAAAUCACGCGGUCAUGUUUUCAAGUCAAUUGUUGCUGCAAAGGAGGCAGGAUUUAUCGAUUUCAUUAAUUUUCGUUUGACGAGAUGCAAGAUUGAAAGGUUAUUGCAAGAGAAUGGAAACUCGAUCGGUCUUGACAAUUUACCUAAAUUAUAUUUUGAGCGAUUCAAUCGUGUUUUGGUUUAUGAUGGCAAAUUGUCUAAAGCAUUAAAAUGCUCUAUGCCCAAAUUAAGCAUUGAAGAUUGGGGCAGAAUGAUUGUGUCAUUAAAACCACGACAACAGACCGUCGAUGCUCAAUUUAACACACAACCGCAACAACUUGAACGAACAAUGAAUCACGUUUUAUAUUAUACGUAUGAUACCGAAGUUGUAUCUUUUGGUAGAUAUUCUACGAACUUGUUGAACUCCGCUUCUUCUUUAGAAUCUCCACAAUCUUCGUCGUCGCCUUAUAUUAAUCAAGGUUCUUUACCUUAUGAUCCAAAUAAUCCUAUUUGCGAUGAAUUUGAGAUAAUUGAACCCAGUCAAAAUAAGACAUCAUCAUCUUCUUCACCAGCAGUAAUGUUUUUUUCGAACUCAACUUCAACAUUAGCAAAUGAAGAUAACAAUGGAUCAAACAACUGUUACAAGACUCAACCGUCAUUUUCACAAUUUUUCAUUCAACCUCAAGACAAUGCUGAUUUGAAAACGUAUAGUCAAAAUGAAAAUCAAAUUUGGUUGCAUUCGACGAUUUCUGUGCGAGAUAACCAAAUGGUCCUUUCUGAUUCGGGAAUUUCAAAUUAUGACUAUGUUGACGUUGAUAAAAAAAUGCAAAAUUGUGACAUAUGUGUCGAGAAUGUCGAGGAAAACGAUUGUGGCAGAAGCAAUCGUAGCUACGACAGCGUCGAUAAUUUUGAAGGAUUGACUGAAUUGCAGCAAACCAUAAUUGAGUUAUUGUUAUUUGAUUAA